AAAUGAAUUUAUACAAAAUGGCUGAGCUAUAAAGACGUGUUUUUGAGUAUUUCAAGCAUAAUGGAGCAAAUUACCAAUUUAUUUUCCCAAAAAGAGUUUAUUGCCAGUUAUCCUGACAUUACUAACAGUUUUACUUGUGGUGAUACAAAGUGUACUGACAAUAACGUGAUAUCAAUUAACGACGACUCUGGUUACUGGAACCCCUUACGGCCUUUGAAGUGUAUAAAGUGUUGUAGACUUGUCCAAAAGCCUACUCCACAUUCUGUGAAGUGGUUUAAUUUUAACGUUAAUAAAUUAGUGUGAGUGAUAAUGGUUUAAUAUUAAGACUAAGUUGGUGUGCAUAAACUGAAAAAUGAAUAAUUUUUAUAUGAGCGAUAUGCGUAAUAAACGCAACCGAUUCCACUUCGGUGGGUUUCUUCCGUUUCAUUCCGUCACCAAUUAUUCAUCAGACGCAACAAAAAUGAAAUUAGAUAUGAAAAAUACGUUCGGGGACAACUUGUAUAUAGACAACCUUCAUCUCAUACCGGAUCCUUUGAAGAAAAAUUUGGCGGACUCUUUUAUAACUGGAGAAGAAAAAGCAAAAACAAACAUGACGUCUACAGAAGGAAACAUGAAACCGAACGAAAAGAGGGAUGCCCCAAACCGGGCGGAACAUAGAACAGAAUCAUACCCAUCCUUGAGCAUCGUAACAAACUUCCUUUCAGGUGUCUUUAGUUUUGUAUCUGGUGCUAUGUUUCAAAGGCGGUCAGACUCUUCCGACUAUUACGAAUGCUACGAUCAAAAUUUCGAUGAGAUGGCGCCCUCUCUCCAAGCUUGGCAGCAAGCCAAGCCUGAGGAUCUAAAUAAAAAUGGACGGGCACACAAAACUACUGUCAGUACAAAUGACUCAAAUAAUACAAACAGUUUUAAUAUUAAUUCAAACUGUGGAAUGAAUGCUGCAGAUUGUGAGGAGAAACUUAAUCAGGUAUGUUUCCUCUUUGCUAAUCAACAGCCAACUCAAUGUCAGCCGGGAUUAUGUACAGCAGAUACUCAGGUAUUUGUAGAGCAGAGUCCCGCUGAGGAUUGUUUUGAAGAUGCCUUUACACAUGAAGAUUUUGAAAGCCUUCCCGACAACAGCUACUUUGAAUACUAUGGUCCAUUUAGUAAUGAACAAUCACAACAAUUGGUAUCCGAUGCACCUAGAGACAAGACUGAAUAUAUGCCUCUUACUGAAAGUAUGGAAAUAACUAACACAUUACCUGAUAUAAAAAAUGAAAUUGAAACAUAUAAAGAAAUUGGAUUGAAUAAAACUAGUGAGAAAAAUUCAAAUGUUGUCUUAUCAUGUGAAGAUAAAAUUAAUAAAUUGAAAUUACUUCUGCAAGAUAGGGGAAAAGUUAAAACUAAUAAUGACAGUUUAAAAUCACCUGAAAUUAAAAAAAGCAAUAAUUGUAAAGAGCAAAGUGAACCUAUUUCAAUACCAUGCAAUACAAAAUAUGAAUCAAAAACAGGGGUUAAUGUUCAAAAUACCGCUAAAAGUCCAUCUCAAAUUUCAUGCUCAGAAGAUAUUGCAGAAGAUAUUAAAGAGGAUUUGGAAGGUGCCUUAUCUGAUAGCCAAAGUUCAACCACUUCAGAAUAUCUAAAUCCAUGCAAUUACUUUGAUGAAGUCACUGGAAGGUUUUAUUCAACCUCCGCUGAAAGUGAUGAUUCCUUUCAAAUUGUGUUCACCGAUAACCCCAAUUUGGGUAGAGGGCGAAUACCAUCAGAGUGUGAAUCCGAGGACUCAUUUAUUGUUUUUGAUGAAACACCUGACAGUUGUUACUCCUCCAACGAUGUCUUCGGUGAUGAAUUAAAUGUUACUGGAUACGACUUCAUUGAUACUUCAGAGUCAGACACAUCAGAUUCAGACUCCGAAAGUGAUUCUGGAUGUGAUUACAAACCUACAUGUAAGCUGUCUCAUACAUUGUCACGGACUAUAGGUGAUUUGACGGACGAUUCUUUGUAUAUUGAAGCGGAUGAAGUGGACUGUGCAGCAUUAUUUGUACAAGAAAUACAAAACAGCCAAGAAUUAAUACAAUGUGAAGAUAGGACAUGUGAUGAAACAAAACCAAGAGGUCUACUCAUUGAUGAAAGGAGAAAGUUGGAGAAGAAAAAACAAUGUAAAACUGUACGGUUCUCGCCGAACCCACCCAAGGUGCACGUGAUGAGAGUUUGGGCGUUCGCAGCGCGGCAGGCGCGGGCCGGCCACUGGGAGCGGCACGCUCUUGAUCGCGAGAGGUUCAAACGAAGAAUAGCCGAUGUUGAAAUGGCGGUAUCCUGGGUGCUAAAGCCUCAGCACAGAGCACGUGUGAUGUUCCAACGUUUCAUGCCUUGGUGGAACGCCCAGAAGAGGAAAGAACUUGCCGAGAAAGAGAAAGAAGAUGCAGAGGUAAAAGAAACGCCGAUAGAUAAAAACGUAGAAAUAAAUUCUGAAAUUAUUAAAGAAACAACAAAUGAAGCAAACCAAGUAAAGAAAGAGGAUAUUGAAGUAGAAAAUGGUCUUAAUGACAUUUUCGAAGUAAGUGGGACAAAUAAUAAAAGCAUGUCUCACAAAUGUCUAAAUAACGAUGAAAUUGCGCUAGAUGUUAGCAAAUUGAACUGUCUAAAGCUUGGUAUACACGGCAAUGACGUAGACGUUUCAACUUAAUGCGGUGGUAUAGUUCGGCGACCAUUUAAAUAAAACCUUCGUCGUCAUUGCGGACAGUGAGGACCAAAGUAUUUGAAAUUAAUUAAAUGUUUGUGUAGUUCAUUUUUUCACUUUUUUAUUAUUUCAUUUUUCUUAUCAAGAAGAAGGCAAUUUAAUAAAAAUAUCGAUUCCAUCCUUAGCUGUAAAAAAAAUAUUUCGCUUCAAAAAUUUUCAACCUUGACAUUUAGGUACCCGUCUAAAAAUAAAAACUAGUCGCGUUGAUAUGCUGGUUCAUUCACUAUUGCGAUGAUUACGGAGUUUUUAUUACUAUGGCUAUCGGACUAUAUGGACGGGGAAGGUUGACAACAAAAAUAUCAACCAGUGGUAGUAACAAAACUACAAUUUUAAAAUGUGUUCAUAGACAGGUAUAAAGAUCUCAAGCUGAAGAUAAUACGAUAUCAGUAAUACAUUUAUAAUAGCAAUAAGAGCAAGCGCACAGUGACUAAACAAUCGCACAAUUGUUGUGCGAUUGUCAAUUGUUUUGCAGUCUUCAAUUGUUUAGUUGCACAAAUAAAAGAGUAGUGUGACUAAACAGUUGUGCGAUAGUUUAAUCAAACGUGCGCGCGUUCUAAGCAUUUUAAGAUCUGUUAAAUGCCAGGAAGACUGAAGACCUGUCGAUACGACUACUUAUACACGCUAUAAUAAGAACUAUAGCGUGAAUUGUGAUAUAAAAUGUAUCGGUAACCACCGAAGCCGAAAAAAUAUACAUCCUGUAUCCUCUAUACAGAUACAUACAUACGUUUACAAUUAUACAUUUAUUUUUGUCUAAACUUGACUAAGAGGCAGAUACUACAAAUUCUAAACAUUAAGGUUGUGAAAAUCUGCCUCGAUGAUUAUAAGAAUCAACAAAUUUCAUUUGAACUGUAGUUUGAUCAACAAAACUGCAAUACACAUUGAAAAAUAUUUUUUUUUUCAUCACGUUUUCCA